AUGUGCGACCUCAUUGAGCCGCAGCCGGCGGAGAAGAUCGGCAAGAUGAAGAAGUUGCGGAGAACUUUGUCGGAGAGUUUCAGCCGUAUUGCUUUGAAGAAAGAGGACACCACCCUUGAUGAGAUAUGUGUCACAAAGAUGUCUACACGCAACUGCCAGGGAAUGGACUCAGUGAUCAAACCCCUGGACACAAUUCCUGAGGAUAAAAAAGUCAGAGUUCAGAGGACACAGAGUACUUUCGACCCAUUCGAGAAGCCAGCUAAUCAAGUGAAGAGGGUACAUUCUGAGAACAAUGCUUGCAUUAACUUUAAGUCCUCCUCCGCUGGGAAAGAGUCACCCAAAGUUCGAAGGCAUUCCAGCCCCAGCUCGGUAAGUGAGCCUUCUUCUCUAUCACUGGGUCAGCAGAGGAAUAUGGCUCUUAUAAUAGUAGCAUGCUGUGCUGGAAGAGAGCAGGUAGCUAUAUCAGUGCAUUAUUAUGCAUUAUUUCCCAGGGUGGUUUACUCAUUUCUUGAGCAGUUUCAAGCCUGCUGGCCACAUGUAGUAUUAAAUUUCCUUCAGCUGGAUGUGGAAGCCAUUGCCCACUCACCUGCUUUAAGAGAUGACAGGCUGCCCAUGCCUACUUGCUUUAAGGUGGCAAGGGUCAACGGGAAAUUGGUAGCCCUGAAGGUGAUCAGGCUGCAAGAAGAGGAAGGUACACCUUUCACAGCUAUCAGGGAAGCUUCUCUGUUAAAAGGACUAAAACAUGCCAACAUAGUGCUGCUUCAUGACAUCAUCCAUACCAAGGAAACGCUGACACUUGUGUUUGAAUAUGUG